UUCUUUAAUGCUAUGAUUUUGUAAUGUGUAUCGACACAAUGAGUACUAGAAGUAUUGAUUUGUUACCUAAAUUAGAAUCAGCUUUUUCUGAACAAAAAUGGGACGAAUUGUUGAGUCUUCUUAAUCCUAAGUUGUUCAGUACUCCCGAAUCAGAGGAAUUAAUUGCUUUUCCAUGUCUAUCAAAAGUAGCCGAAAUCCUUCAGGCAGAAGAGCCUGUAGUCCCUAACAAUAUAAAAGUUGUAUGCUUAAAAUGUUUAGGCAAUUCUUGUUUUAAUGGCUACAAACAUAAGGAAUAUAGUUCAACUAAUGUUGAAUAUGGAACAUACUGUCUUGAAUUAUAUUCCAAGCUAAUUACAAACAAUGAAAACUUAAAAAAGUCAGAAAUUUACAUUUUGUACCCAUUUCAUUCUCACUUUCCUUAUGAAAGUGUUAUCGAGUGGACAGUAAACUUUAUUAAAUCAUACAAAUUUAAUGAAGAUUUAAUGGAUGACCAACUGGAAAUACUCAGAUUAUGUAUUCAGUUUUUAUGCAAUCUAUUUACAUUUGCAUGUAAGAAUAGUAGUUUUGAUGAUCAAUGCAGCAUUCCAACAUUUUUAUAUGAUACUAAUUUAAAAAGUAUAAUUAUGAAUUUAACUAAUUUUGACCAUAUUCCAAGUGUCAGAGCAUCUUGUAUAUUUAUACAUAAUGCCUUGAGAGAAUUUGAAGGGCAAAAUUUCACAAAUCUAGAAAAAACACGAUUAUGUUCACAACUUCUAAAGCCAAUUAAGAAAGGUUUCGAAAGUGCAAAGGAAGCUUUGAUGUGUUUAUUAUACCAGUCAAAUUUGCUCAGAAUUUCAUACAACGAUAUGAACAUUGAGGACAAAUUAUAUUUACUGGAAAUAAUUCACAAUGAAGUAUCAGAUUCAGUGUAUGGGUGUGAGAGUGAUCAUCUAUUAAGAAAAGAUGCAAUUAAUUUUCUGUCAGAAAGGUUCUGUAAAAGAAGCGACAUACUUCUGAAAACUGUUGAUUCAUAUCUAGAUAAUAUGGAACCAAGAGAAAUUAUUAUCCUUCUCGAUAUUCUCGGGACUGUGACUUCUCGUUCAGCUAAAGCAUGUCAAUCUAUAGAAAAUUAUAAAAGCUUACUAAUUAAUUGUACCUAUCUUUUGAGAUCUAUACAGAUGAUUGGGAAAGAAUCAAAUAAUUACUUUACACCAAUGCAAAAGUUAAGUGAUAUAGCAAAAAUGAUGGAAGAAACCAAAAAUAAUGGAUUACAACAAAAUUUAAGUAGUACGGAAACCGAAGAUAACGAAUAUAAAGAUAUUAGAGAGAGAAAAGACUUAUGCAGCCACCCUGCUUUUGGCUUCAAAGCUGGAUUAAUAAGAAUUAUUGGAAACGUGUCAUACAGAAACAAAGAAUGUCAAGACCUUGUCCGUGAAAUGGACGCCAUUCCUCUGCUCCUGGACUGCUGCAAUAUAGACGCGAGAAAUCCCCUUAUAAUGCAAUGGACGAUCCUCGCUCUGCGGAAUUUAUGCGAGGAUAAUCCCGAGAAUCAAGAGAUCGUACAGAAUUGCACUAGGACCGGUGUUGUGGAGAACAGCGUGCUGCGGGAGAUGGGAGUGACGUUGCACGAAGACGAGAGUGGACAGAAAAUCGGGAUCGUACCUUUGGAUCUGAAUAAAAAAUGA